ACCACUAAUGGGACUAAAUCCAUUCACGCCUCAAGGGCGCAUCGUCGGCGGUCGAGAAACAACCAUAGAAGAACAACCCUGGCAAGUGUCUAUUCAAGUCUUGGGUUUCCAUUUCUGCGGUGGUAGCAUCAUCUCCAACAACGUCGUCCUGACUGCCGGUCACUGUACCAGCUACCCGGCCGAGUCCAUGUCAGUUCGUGUUGGAAGCUCUCGAGCUGCAUCGGGAGGAGUUUUGCACAAAGUUGAAAAGAUUGUGCGUCACGAAAACUAUAAGACAAAUUUAUUUGGCAUCCCCAGUAAUGAUAUUGCUAUACUCAAGUUGAAGACAUCGAUCGAUUUGAGUAAAAGUGCUUAACCCGUUUCAUUGUACAAUUUUAAUGAAGCAGUCAUUGAAGGGGUAUUAUCCACCAUUUCUGGAUGGGGUUCUCUAGAAAAAGGCGGAUGUACUAUCGAGAUUCUAAGAACUGUUGACGUGCCUAUCGUGACGAAAAAAAAUUGCAGCGAUGCCUAUUGGAUUUGGGGAGGUAUUCCUGAAGGCCAAAUCUGCGCAGCCUUCCCUGAUGGUGGUAAGGACACUUGUCAAGGUGCCUCUGGUGGUCCACUAGUUAUUGAUGGACGUCAGGCUGGUAUUGUUUCUUGGAGUAAUGGCUGCGCUAGGAAGAGGUAUCCUGGAGUUUAUACGGAAAUUGCGAUUUUCCGAAACUGGAUUAAAUAG